UAGCCCAUCGACCGACCGCAUCAUUUUUCUUUUCUUUUGCAAAAUAAAGUACUUAUGAGUGUUUUUUUUAUCACUUCAUAUUUGUUUCAAAAUUACACAAACACGUCUCAAAAGAUACCUUCAGCAUAGUCCUUAUGUUGUUAUCGCGCUGUACAUGAAAUUCAAUUAGAUAUCCCCUGUUCUCUAUCUUCAAGUCGCUCCAGCUUCUUCGUGUCAUCCUCAAACAUCGAAAUUGCAUUGAUUCCAAUCACUUCGCAUCUACCAGCUACGGGAAAUCUGGAUCAUAUCGAAUAAUGUCUCAUUCUAACCACAAACAAACGCUCCGUAAGGACUAUCCAUGGACAACUUAUCCGCUUAUAUCAUCUGCUCCUAUGCGCUUAAUAUCAAAGCCUGCUUUGGCUUUAGCUGUUUCUAGAGCUGGUGGUCUAGGUUUCCUUGCUGCUGGUCACGAUCUCACUACCCUUUCGGACGAGAUCAGAGAGAUCCAAGAUUGUCUCUCAGAUGACCCUAUUCCCGGAAGCUAUCGAGAUACUCUUCCUAUAGGGAUAGGGUUUAUAGUCUGGGGUUGCGAUCUCGAGCAUGUCCUGUCAAUCCUCGCUCCCCUUCCAUUUCCUCCUGCAGCGGUGUGGUUGUUCGCGCCGCAUACUAGCUCGGAUUUACAAGAGUGGACAGACUCAAUCCGGAAGCUCACAGGCAAUCUUACUAAGAUUUGGAUUCAAGUCGGCACAGUCUCUUCUGCCCUCUCAGCCGCUCACUCUUGUGACCCUGAUGUUCUCGUUAUCCAAGGUUCUGACGCUGGUGGCCAUGGUCUCGCUCAAUCUUCCUCGAUCGUUUCCCUACUUCCUGAAUGCGCAUCUGCAUUACGUUCAAACGCAUAUUCACACAUACCUCUCAUUGCAGCAGGUGGAAUAGUCGAAUCACGUGGAGCAGCAGCUUCAUUUAUGUUGGGCGCUAGUGGGAUAUGCAUGGGUACACGAUUUUUGGCUUCUUCUGAGGCAGUGAUACCAACGGGCUACCGAAAUGCAGUAUUGGCUGCAGAAGAUGGUGGUAUAUCAACCACGAGAACAACCCUUUAUGAUAGAUUAAGAGGAACAGCAGGCUGGCCCGAAGAAUAUAAUGGAAGAGGAGUAGUUAACAAGAGUUACUGGGAUGAAGCGAACGGUAUGAGUAUGGAGCAGAAUAAAGAGCUUUAUGAAGACGAGGCUAGAAGAGGAGAUGAGGGCUAUGGAAACAAGGGACGAUUGUGUACAUACGCUGGCAGUGGCGUUGGCUUGGUUCGAGAGACCAUGGAUGCUCGUGAUAUUGUAGUCGAAGUGAGGGAGGGGAUGAGGAAAUUGAUUAGAGAGGGAUCAAGUCGUUUGUGAAGCACGACGGAUAUCAUGAGUUUGAAAGUUCUAUGAUUUUAAAUCAAGGCUUCAGAUGGGAAUCGGAGAGUGAGCAGCAUGUGGUCUCAACUCAUGCAAUUUUAUGGAUUUCUUUUCGGUGUAUAGCUUCGUGAUGGGUGGCUGCUUUGUAUUUAUCAGUUCUCAUGAUGCAAGCAUUUGAUACCUUUUCAGGACACACUAAUACUGUUUUUAUAAC